AUGGAUAACAUGGGUAACGAGUUCGGCUUGACUGAACCCGAAAUGGAGGCAAUGACACAGAUCCCUUUCAGCAUGGAAUUCACCGUCCCAAACACAGGGUACGAUGAUAGCUCCCUCUAUCUCGGCUUCGGCAGUCCGGUAGACGGGUCCUCGUAUGUUCCUGGUAUGAGAUUCUACCAGCAGGAGCAGGAGCAGGAGCAGUACGUGGACCCUCGGGCGCUGGAGCAGCAUGAGCCCGCCUUCUGGAAUCCUGAUUUCGAGGGCAAGACGUUCCAGCAGCCCGAGGUCGCUAUUUUCAGCCAUGAACAGGGGCUUGAGGAGGCCGCCUUCAGUCACGCUCAGGGGCCUGAGGGUCCCAUGACGAUCGAACAAGCCAUCUCUCACUACCUCCCUCUUGCCGAUGACCUGAGGGCGGAACAAACACCCGUCUUCGUCGCCGACCAGUCCCAAGAACCUGAAUACUACGUGGUGGAUCCCAAGGACAACGUCGAGGAAGGCACCGGGGAGGCCAGCGGGGCGGCCAGAAACGACGUUGAGGAGGUCUUCGAGAAGGUCGUCGAGCAGGUCAUCGAAGAAGAGGUCCCCAGAGAAGCCAGCGCGGCAGCCCUCACGGAUAGGGUCCUCGCUCCCAAAACCAAGGGCAACCGGGUGGCCAAGAAGGCCCGCAAGACUCCUCUCCGCACGGUCAAGGCCAACUCGUGCGAGCGCUGCCGCAGUAGCAAGACCAAGUGCGUGCGGGAAGACGGCGCCGCCUCCUGCGGGUCCUGCCUGAAGAAGGGCUUCCUGUGUCACGUCCUGGGCACCGACGGUCGCACUAACAAGACCAACAAGGACCGUCUGGAGGCCGCGAGCCUGGCCGUUGAGGAAUUCUUCAGGGACGGUAUCCUCCUCUGCAACGACGUCGCCCAGCGUCGCCUUGCCGACUUUGGGGACGAAAAGGUGACCUUCAUCGGUCCAAUGGUUCGGUCUACGAGCGACUAUCAGUCGAUCCGAAACGGCCUCUCCGGACAGAUCGGACAGCAGCCGACGGUCGAAUUCGGCGCCAGCCUCUUCCGCCCGCUCAUCAACUACCAUGAUGCCAAGCUGUCGGAAACCCGCACUGUGCAUCUUCCAAAGCUCAAGCAGUUGGCCCUGGAUCAGGGCGAGAUUCUCGCUGGCCUGAUUAACAUGGUCGUUUUCGGCAGCCGCUAUCACGUCACAGCGGGGGCCGAGCUCAUCUCUCAGCUGCUCUACUACAAGAGCGACUUGGGGUCGUUCCAAGCCCGCGUCCAGAAGUACUUCCCCGCCCCUGGCGAACCUCGCGACGUUUUCGAGCAGGUUCGUCAAGGUAUCGAGCAGCGCAUCCAAAAGGCGCUGGAGUAA